CUUCUUUCAUCAUUUAACUAAAACCUCCCUUUGAAAGUCUGAAACUACCCAAACAAAACACAAGACGGCGUUGCAGAGGUUUUGUAGAGGAGAGAGAAAAAUAUGGCAAGAGAUAGCUGUUUGAAUAGGGUUGUUGCUGGCGUUGCAGUCGGUGGUGCAGUCGGUGGCGCCGUUGGUGCUGUUUAUGGGACUUAUGAAGCCGUCCGAUCUAAGAUUCCAGGAGUACUAAAGAUCAGGUACAUUGGUCAAACUACUGUUGGAAGUGCUGCUAUCUUUGGCCUCUUUCUUGGUUGUGGAAGCUUAAUACAUUGUGGAAAGUCGUACUGAUCGUUUCUGUCUAGUUCUGUUCUAGAUUUUUGUAUCCAUAUGGAAUUUCUGGAACUUUUAAGGGACAUAGUUUUGACUGAUCCUGUUUCAAGAACGUGACUUAUGUUUUGUGUGUGUGACCUUAUGUGCACUGGGAUGUUCGUUGAAUUGCUCAAUCAAGUUAUGCUAUGUUUGGAUACAAGGGGAUUUCAUUUGAAAUCCUGGAAUUGGACAAAUAA